AUGGUGCCUCAAUACCAGUUGGAAGAGCUGUCCGGGGAGGAGGAUUGCAGUCUUCGACGGGAGACUCAUCAGCCUCUCACCUACCAGUACAAGGUGCCCCCUGGAAUUCACAACCUCCAGCAAUGGGGAGCCGAGUGUUUCCAGUCAGGAAAGCACAAGGGGGCAUCCUUCCAAGACAUCUUCGACAAGGAGAGCAGCUAUGUGCAGUUCAUCCUGAGCAAUACUCGGCUGACGGCAACCGACAUGCUCAGCUUUCAGAAUUUCUGCAAGGCUCAGAAAAAGAAGUUGGCACAGACGAUGCAGCAGGGUGCCAGCUCAGAUCAGUGGAGCCAUGUGGAGAUGAACGAGCCGCCUUCCCAUCCCAAGAACACCAAGGACAAUCUGAAAAGGGGGUAUCCACAGCGAAGUUCACCAACACCGGUGAAGGUGGAGGAGAAUUCCCAGACCGUGCAGGAGCUCCAGACGCAGAUUGCGAUUCUCCAGAGGGAACUGGCGAAGGAUGACCAGGGUCAGGUUCGAGACGAGGUUUUGAAAGAGGGUCAAGGGCCUAGGGACUUUGUGGCCUUGGACGAAUUUCCUGAAGCAGGGGAUAUGAGGACUGUUCCUUCCGUGACCGAAGAGGACCAGCCCGAGCUGGAAGUGUCUCCACCAUCCACGUUGGGAACUGAGCCUAUGGAACCGGAAAGGGAGGGGUUGAGUGAGUAUGCACCCACAGAUCCUCCCGAUGUCGAGAUGGAUGGAGUGAACAUUCCAGUUCCUGAAGAAGUCGAUGAUGAUUUGUUUGCUUUCGGAGAUGACACCUUUCUCUCACUGGGAAGUCCUGAGUAUGAGUUCUCUUUUAGGGAUGGUCCUGUUUUGGGGGAGUCUCAAAGGGAUACUGUCUUUUCAGUAUGGGAGACGUUUGGGGUGACCAAUGCUAAGAAGGAGAAGGUAGAGCUUCGGUGGGACGAUCUCAGUGAGAAAGAAAAGGUGCUCUUCCGUGCUGCCAAAGAGAAAGAAGUGAAGGCAUGGCUGUCUCAUCAGACAGUGAAAAGGGUGGCACAGGGCACUCUGAAGCCCGAAGAAAUCAUGAGAUGUAGGUGGAUUUUAACAUGGAAGCCACCAGAAUCUCCGGGCGGAGAACGCCGUGCCAAAGCCCGGUUGGUGAUCCUUGGAUUCACAGAUCCCGGAAUUUCCUAUGUCCCCAAUGACGCCCCCACGUUGUCCAAAGACGGAAGGAUGCUAGUCGUACAGGGAGUGUCGAGUUUUGGAUGGGACUUGGUGAGUUUUGAUGUGUCAACUGCCUUUUUGAAGGGCGAAGGAGAUGGCCGGAAUCUAGGGAUCCAAGCACCACCUGAAAUUGCCACCUCACUGAACAUGUCUCGGACAGACCAAUGCCAGCUGUUGGGUGGAGCCUAUGGUCGAGUCGAUGGUGUACAGUUUCGGGGCUUUCCAUAA